AGCCCCCCGUAGUGGACUAUGCCGCCGAGGAGGCGGCGGCGGCGGCGCGCUCCGGCGGUCUGAAGCGGCUGCGGGCUGCCACGGGCCAGCGGCGCCAUGAGCUGGGCGGCCGCCCCCGGCUCGGGGCUGUGAUGGGCUCGGGGCCGGGGGUGGGCGGCGGCCGCGCGGCGGGCGGCCAGCGCUCCUCCUCGGCGGCGGCGGCGGUGGCCAUGCGCGGGACGGCGCGGUCGGGGCCGCCGGGCCGGGGCCGCCUCCCGGGGACCCGCGGCCUGAGAGCCCCGCCGCCGCCGCUGCUGUUCCUCCUCGCGCUGCUGCCGCUGCUGCCGCUGCCCGGCGCCGCCGCCUCGCCCGCCCUGCGGCCCCCGGCGCUGCAGCCCGCGGCCGCGGGGCCCAGCGUGAGCCUCUACCUGAGCGAGGACGAGGUGCGCCGGCUCAUCGGUCUUGAUGCAGAACUUUAUUAUGUGAGAAAUGACCUUAUCAGUCACUAUGCUCUAUCCUUUAACUUGUUAGUACCCAGUGAGACAAAUUUCCUGCACUUCACUUGGCAUGCAAAGUCCAAGGUUGAAUAUAAGUUGGGAUUCCAAGUAGACAAUUUUGUGGCUAUGGACAUGCCCCAGGUUAACAUUUCUGCCCAAGGGGAAGUUCCACGCACUUUAUCAGUGUUUCGGGUCGAACUUUCCUGUACUGGCAAAGUAGAUUCUGAGGUUAUGAUACUUAUGCAGCUCAACUUGACAGUAAAUUCUUCAAAAAAUUUUACAGUCUUAAAUUUUAAAAGAAGGAAAAUGUGCUACAAAAAGCUUGAAGAAGUAAAAACUUCACCCUUGGACAAAAACACUAGCAGAACUAUUUAUGAUCCUGUACAUGCAGCUCCAACCACUUCUACUCGUGUGUUUUAUAUCAGUGUAGGGGUUUGCUGUGCAGUAAUAUUUCUUGUAGCAAUAAUAUUAGCUGUUUUGCACCUUCAUAGUAUGAAAAGGAUUGAACUGGAUGACAGCAUCAGUGCCAGCAGUAGUUCCCAAGGGCUGUCUCAGCCUUCUACACAGACGACUCAGUAUCUGAGAGCUGACACACCCAACAAUGCAACUCCUAUCACCAGUUAUCCCACCUUGAGGAUAGAGAAGAAUGACCUGAGAAGUGUCACCCUUUUGGAAGCAAAAGCCAAGGUGAAGGAUAUAGCAAUAUCAAGGGAGAGGAUAACUCUAAAAGAUGUACUUCAAGAAGGUACUUUCGGCCGUAUUUUCCAUGGGAUUUUAGUAGAUGAAAAAGAUCCAAAUAAAGAAAAGCAGGCAUUUGUAAAAACAGUUAAAGACCAAGCUUCUGAAAUUCAGGUGACAAUGAUGCUCACUGAAAGUUGUAAGCUCCGAGGUCUUCAUCACAGAAAUCUUCUUCCUAUUACUCACGUCUGUAUAGAAGAAGGAGAAAAGCCCAUGGUGAUACUGCCUUACAUGAAUUGGGGGAACCUUAAGUUGUUUUUACGGCAGUGCAAAUUAGUAGAGGCCAAUAAUCCUCAGGCAAUUUCUCAACAAGACCUGGUACACAUGGCUAUCCAGAUUGCCUGUGGAAUGAGCUAUCUGGCCAGAAGGGAAGUCAUCCAUAAAGACCUGGCUGCUAGGAACUGUGUCAUUGAUGACACACUUCAAGUUAAGAUCACAGACAAUGCCCUCUCCAGAGACUUGUUCCCCAUGGACUAUCACUGUCUAGGGGAUAAUGAAAACAGGCCCGUUCGGUGGAUGGCUCUUGAAAGUCUGGUUAAUAAUGAGUUCUCCAGUGCUAGUGAUGUGUGGGCCUUUGGAGUGACGCUGUGGGAGCUCAUGACUCUGGGCCAAACACCCUAUGUGGACAUCGACCCUUUUGAGAUGGCUGCAUACCUGAAAGAUGGUUACCGAAUAGCCCAGCCAAUCAAUUGUCCUGAUGAGUUAUUUGCUGUAAUGGCUUGUUGCUGGGCCUUAGAUCCAGAGGAGAGACCCAAGUUCCAGCAGCUGGUACAGUGUCUCACAGAGUUCCAUGCAGCCCUGGGGGCUUAUGUCUGACUCUACUCUCAUAGUCCUGCAGCAUCAGGAGGAAGGUGCCUGCCCAGGCUCACUUGGAGCCAGUCACCAUUGCUUUGUGCGCCAUGCAAAGCCAGCAGAAGCACAUUUGUCUUCCAGAACACUGUGCCUUAGGAAUGCUUUAGAAUCUGAACUUUUAAAAACAGACUUAAUGUGGAAUAUUUUCUAGAUAUCACUUUUAUUAGGUUGAACUGAAAAGUUUUUGUAAAUUUUUUGGCCAAAAAAUUUUUCAAACAUAGUUACUUUGGACUAGGGGUACAUUUUACAAAAUAAAUUAACAGUUUUUUAAAUCGUUUAAACAAAUAUUUUGAAUAGCUAUCUUAGUGCCAACUGCUUUUUAUUUUUUGAUUUCAUCAAGGUAAUGUAGGUGAUUCACCUUUAAAGUCUUUUUUUUUUUUUUUUUUUAACAUUUAUCACUAGUUUUGGGGAAUGGUUUGUCUUCAAAGAUGCAGUAAUUUUCUUAAGAAAAGAAAACAGCAUAAAAAGAUGUUUGGCUUGCCUUACAAGAAAAGGCUGAAUUUAGAGGAAGAAAACUUAAAGAAAAAUUAGAGAACAAAAAGGAAACUAAAAGAAACUUAAUUAGAAACAAACUGCCCUUUCAUGGAACAUUGUUUUUUAACUUUUUUAAUGUAAAGGAGUUCUGCUUUCUUAUUUUAGGGGGAGAGGAGCUGAGUUCAUUGAAACAUCUUAAAUUUGUCAGAAAUUAGCUUUUCCAUGAACCAGAAGCAGGCUGGGGGCAGGUCAGUAGUAAACAAUGUGGUUCUAUUUAUUUUUACUCUCUGGAGAAGGAGAUAAUACAAUUCCAGAAAGUGAAAUCAUGUUUCUAAGGUUAAGAAACCCUUGUAUUGCACCUAGAAUAGUGCUAUGCACAGAGUGGGUGCUUGAGUUAUUGUGGGUAAAACAAAAUGUAAACUGGUAAAUUUUGUGCAUAUCUUCAAGGCUGGCGUAAAUAUGAAUUUUUUUUUAAAACACUUGAAAAAUUAAAGGAUUUGUUUUAUAUUAUGUCCAUAUUGAAAAUAUUGUUCAUAAGGAUUUGUUGGUUGUGUCUGGUAAACCUCUGAACAUGCAACAGCAAGAUCUCCAUGUUUUAUCCCAUCUGUGUUUCACUCAGGCUUCUAAGCCAUAACACAAUUGCUGCUGAUUCUGCUCAGUGUUAGUUUCUAAUAAACAGUUGAGAAUAUUAUUAUAAGGAAGUACUACGACACUGAGACUUGUCUCCAGACCAUUAAACUAGGGGUCUGCAUGUAUUCAUGCUUGGUGUUAGUUAGCCUCAGGCAGAGUUGAAUGGGCCCCCUGCAUAACUCGACCUUCAGCUCCCCUCCUCACAGGUAUAUAAGGGAGACUGUAUAGCAGUUGGAGGCUUUUAUUAUUUUUAAAGAAGCUUUAUAAAUCAGCAGCACAUCUGGAAAAACAACUGACAUAGUAAAUGCUGUGCCACUGGCAGGCCAUGAGCCUGAUUUUCCUGUAUACCAUUGGUUGAGCAUUUGUUCUUUACGUUUAUGAAACACUCAGCUCUCUGAACGGCCAGGUUUUUGAAAGCUCUUUGAAUUGUUUUGUCAGUUAAAGAUAUUUUGUCAAUAGUCUGCAUUCUUUUUGCCUUUUUUUUUUUUUUUUUAACAGAUUUAUUUAUUUAUUUAUACAAGCACUGGGUACAGUCAGAAGUGCGGGAGGGUGAGAGAAUUCACCAGAGCCAGAGCGGGGAACAGAACAGGCAGACUGACAAAAUACACUGCUGAGGGGAGCAGCGGGCACAGCAGGAGAGGUCUGCGUGCCAUCACGCCAUAUGGGACCCUUGCUGGCGGCUAGGGAUUGAACCGGCACUGCAGAGGCUGCGGGGCAGCUUAGCAGCCCAGCACUCAACCGCUGCACCACCAGGGAUGCCCACAGUCUGCAUUCUUAAAGGCAUUCAGUCUACAAGAAUUUAUUUAGCACUUACUUUGUGUUCUACACAUGGAGUGGUUCAACUCUAGCAUUCCUUCCAACAUUCAGUGCAUUUUAUUGUAUAUUCACGUGAGCACAUUACCUAGAAAUGACAAGUCUAACAAGAUCAAUUCAAAAGAAAAAGGGCUGACAUCUCACUUUUAUCCCAAAUUAGCAAAUACUAAGAGUUGCUUCCAAUUUGUUGGGAUGUUUGAUGCCUUUAACCUUAUCUUUUUGUGUUUGCAAGCUGUUUUAUUUUGUGAUUUUUUUUUUUUGUCUUAAUAGGUGGUUUAAGUUUAAGUAGGUAUUUUAUUGCUGAGCUACUGGUAGUCAUUAACACGAAAAAAACAGUUAUCAGAUUCCCACGACUGUUAUUUCAGUAUUUUUGUCAUAGAUUGUGAAUAUUACUACAUAGACUUAACAGAAAAAUGUGAUUUUUAUGGUAAAGAAGCAAAUUAACAUGGGAUAUAAGCUGGCCCUAAUGACCUAGAGCUUUAUUAUAUUUUACCCUUUCUUAUAACACUCCACUUUAAGGAAAUUUUAUUUGUACAAGAAAGGAGAAUUGGGUUAUUUAUUGAUUGAGUGCCCAAUGUAUGCCUGACUCUCAAGAUACGCAGAAAAUAACAGAUGAGGUUCUUCCCUUUCUCAAUCUUAUGUUCUAAUUAAGUAGCACAUCAUGAACAUAAGUAAGAGUUUGGUAAGUGCUGUAAAAAAUGCAGAGUGGCAUCCUAGAGAAAAUAUUUUUUAGAUGUAAUAUUUACCUAGACAUCUCUGAGCUGAAAUCUGAAUGACAAGAAGCCAUCUAUCACAAGAUCCGGGCAGAACGGACACAAUUGCAGAGACCUUAAUGUAGGCACAAGCUGGCCUCCAGUCUGGCUCUUUGUGUUCAUCUUUCAGCUGCUGGUAUUGAGAGAAGAGAAACUGGAAUGUAGUUAGAGAGGGGCUGGUGCCAAAGGAGGUCUGGGAGAAACAGGAACAGACCAGGGGCCUUGGAGAGUGGAUUUUAAGAAGGUGAUAAGUCUCUAAAAAACCGUUGCAUGAUUUAGGAAAGGAAAGUUAAUGGUUUUAGAACAAUUUGGGUAGUGUGGAAGAUUGCAAGGGGCAGAUUGGAGGUACAUUUUGAAGGUAACAGGCAGGACCUGGAUCCCAUAUAAGUUGGAGAGUGGGGAAGGGAAGGAAAGAUCAGGAAUGACUAGCUGGCUUGAGGCUUGAUCAUCUGGUUGUGUGGCUGGAUGAUAUACUUAGGUGGAAGAAACUCUUUUUGCUUUAUCAGGGUGAAUCAGUAAUUUGUUUUGGUCAUCUAAGGAGAUUUUUGACUAGACAGGUGAGAACCUGCAGUUUCAGGACAAAGCCUCAUUGGAUAUGUAAUUUAGGAUCUAACUUAUAGACCGUAUUUAAAGCCCUGAUAUAAAUGGAGAAGGAAGUCCUUGGGUUGAGUCUUGAGAGCUGUAUUUAAUGGUGCAGUGAAGGAAGAGUAGAACAAAAAAGACCAAGAAGAAACCACUAUGUAGUUGGAUACAACGACAACAAAAACAGGAAAAUGAUGUCUUACAGAAGCUCAGGGAAGCUUCAAAAUGGAGAAAGAAGCCUCUGUGGGAUUUGGUGUCAUGGAAGUUUUCUAACGAAAGCAGUAGCAUUUGGAACAAGAUAAAGUGUAUAUACACCGUGGGUAAGUGCAGACUCUACUGAAUCAGCCCUGUUGAAAAGUUUCACUAUGAAGGGAAAUGGAGCAGCAGCUGGAUCCACUGGAAAUGGAGGAAGUAAUAGAUAUCCCAGAGGAGAUCGAGGAAGUAUUUUGGAAGGGGGAUGGUAGGAAUAGGAAGGAGAACCUGGUUGUUUUCCAGAUGAUGAUACAGUACCAGAAAAUUCUCAUAAGCUAAUGGGAAUGAUCCAGUAGAAGAAGAAAAUUCUUUUGCAGGACCUCUGGCCAUUUGGUCCACAAACAUGAAAACCUUUCCCUCCUCGUCCCAGUUGUGGAAAAGGUUUUAUUUUUAAUUGGUGAAAAUAAUAUGAGUAUGAUGGGAGGUGGUACAUGAAUCUUUAAAUAUUCUUGUUAUAUGAAAAUUUGCCUCUGCUGAGUUCACUUCCUUAGGACUUCAGAUCACUUGUCUUGUUCACCACCAUCAUCUUCUGCCCUGUUGCCUCCUUAAAUGCUUACCUGGUGUUGGACCUUAACUCAUCCAUCCAGCCUCUGGAGAGGUGACUCAUGUUGGAAUCUCCAUCACAGUUAGAACUUGAUACAUGAAAGGGUUGAAUAUUUAAUGAAUUGAUGAGUAAAAAUACCUAAAUUUGCACAAAGGAGCACUUACAGAGGAUUUUUUAAAUCUGCUGAUUCCCUAAAAGCAUAUCAUUUAAAAUACUGUGUUCUAUUACCAAUGUGAUAGUUAUAUUCAGAUUUGAAUUUUUAAGUAAUACAGCCAAUAAAGCAUGAAAUAAAAGAGACAGAUUAGUACAGUGGACCUUAUCACAACCCAGUGCUAACUUAAGCACCCUAUCCCCACCCCCACUGAUCUGUUUAGUUUACUUUCCCUGCCUUUAAUUAGAUUACAGAAAUAAUUAGCCUAGUUGCAAAUUCUGUUUUGUUCUUCCACAAAGUCAAUGUCAUUUGGAGUUAUUCAUGAAAAUAAUUGCCCCAAAUGAAGUAAUUCAUUGACUUUAGGGGAAGAUUGUUUUCCAGGUGUUAUUUUCCCAUGUCCCAGACCUCCACCUCAUACAAUAAAAGGGGGGUGAUAAAACUUAUAGGACUAGAAAAAUAAAAUGUAAAUGAUUAUUUGUUUCUAAUUUUUGUUUCUACAUUCAUUUUUGCUCCUAGUAUUUCAGGACAGCAUUGAGCUUCACUCUCUGGGAUCCAUGUGUAAGUGCAUUGAAUACCUACAUUUUAUGUAUAAGUAAACAAUCUGUCAGACUCUGUUUCAUCUCCAGGAGAUACUGUUCUCUGUGUGGAUAUACAUGUAUUCUUUCAUUGGUUUAUGCACUCUUGAGGAAACUGAGUUUUUAGUUGAGUACAUUCUUACUCUCAAUGAAAUUGAGCUUCCUUUGGUAAAGAAGCAAGGAUGGCUGUUAGUGGACAACUAGGAACAGCUGUCACUGUACAAAAAUAGGACAAAAGGCUGGUGUCUGACCUCCUGUAAUUCUGUCAGGUAUGAAAAGGAUAGUAAGUAAUUACGGAGGCUUGGGGAGUGCCCAGUCCACUUGUUUUUAGAUUGGUGAGUACUGUCAUUACGAGGAGAAAAACAUAGGGCUUGCUUCCCAACCUUUUAAUCUCUAAGUUCUAUAUCCAGAAAAUAUUAUGUUCUCUUGGGAUUGUUGUUACUUUGGCCUUUGGCCCUACUGUUUUCCACCAGUCCAUAAUUCUGCCAUCAGUUUAUUGAUUUGGGCUUACAAUAAUAUUUGUAUUUUCCUCAGUGUUUGACCUACAAUAUCUUCCAUCAACUACCUUUCGUCUAGUUUCAUGGUCUCAAUACCUAGGGCCUUAGGAAGUAAACCAGAGAUUGGCUAUAUGUCUUUAUAAAAAUUAUUUUUUUAAAGAGCUUAGACAUUCAUCUAAUCAUAUCACAUGAACUUAUUAGACUGUAUUUUAUGUGCCUUUUAUUUUAGACUUUCCAUUCAUUUAAAGGUUGCUUUAUUUUUUAAUGGAAACUUUGGUCACAGCAUUACUAAAUAUACUCUAAACAAUGCCUUAGAAGUUGUCUGUAUUACCCAGAGUGCAGAAUACCCUGAGACUCUGGUGGACUUUAGGAGGAAUUGGUCAAAGAUCCUGGCUCUAGAAAAGCAUUAGAUAUAAUAUUCUGAAUCAAGUUUCUCUAACUUUGCUCACACUAGAAUGAGUUUGACUUAAUUAUGACCUGAUUAUCAGGAAGUGCAAUGUCUUGAUAAUCCUGUGUUAAAAUCUUGUGUUGGAAGCUCAUGGCAGCAACUCUAUGGACUUUGCUGUUUUGUUUCCCCCAUAAAGGUCCACAGUUGACUUAACUGAAAGGAGGGCAGCUUUUUUGACCUGACUAACUUUCUUGGUCAGCUAAGCAGACUCUUGUCUUGUAGGAAGUACUCUCUAGGAUCUUUCUUGCUUCUCUGGCAAGGCAGGUAAAGGAAGAGGCAGGAGGCUGCAACUUAGCCAGGCUGUGCUUUCCUGAAACCAGAGACUGUUACUCUGAGGACUUUCCUGUCUCAACUUACUCCCUGGCCUCUUUGGGCCUUUUCCCUCUCUUUAACAUCCCUUUUCUAAUCUUAGCAUCUGGCAUGUAGCAUAAUCCCUCGUAAAGGAAUUUCAUUCCCUUUCCACAGGACACAACCUUUCAAGUGCAUUUAAACAAUAUAAUAACAUUUUUUUUUAAUUAAAGAUUUAUUUAUUUAUACAAGAAUGGGGGUACAGGCCAGAGGUGCGGGAGGGUGAAAGGAUUCACCAGAGACAGAGCGGGAAACAGAACAGGCAGAAGGACCAAAAUACACUGCUGAGGGGAGCAGCGGGCGAGACAAGCGAGGUCUGCCACGCCACGUGGGAAUCUCCCUGGCUGGCGGGGAAUUGAACCUGGGCUGCAGAGGCCGCAGAGAGCUUCACAGUGCUGCACUCAACUCGCUGCACCACCGGGGAGGCCCAAUAUAACAUUUAAAAAGAGAUAAAAAGGAUGCAUCUCUCCCACAGCCACCUUAGCAUAACGAUAUUUUAGCACUAAAAGGAGGGUAACCUAACUUUUAUUUUACUGAAAGGAAACUGAAUUCACAGUAACUUCCUAGACACAAGACAGAAGGAAAUAGACUCUCAUGUUGCCUAUUUUUAGGGAGAUAGAGUUCUUUUCCAGGAAGGGAAAUUAAUUUAUUGUAGUUACUAAUACUCCUGAACAGAGCAUUUCAAUGUAAAUCUUUCAAAUGAAUAAACAUUAAUUUUGUUAUUUUAGUUCUGUGAGCAGUUUGAUAUUGGAAUGCAGUGUUCCAGGCAGAGAAUGGUCUGAAAGAAGAUUCAAGGGGUAAAUGAUAGACGUGUCACGAGUGCCUGACACGUUGAGAGGUUUAGUAAAGGUGAUGUCCCACAGGUGAUGGAGGUUCAGUGAGAAGCUCAAGUGAUGAUGUGGUCACAUUUGCCUUAGCAGUGCUAGUGGCCGGCAACCAUUGCUCUCUAUUUAUCAGGCAUUGUGCUAAUUGUACAUGCGUUAUCUCAAAUAAUCUUAAUAUCUUAGAGAGUAGUAUUGUCAUCAUCUUCAUUUUACAGUUGAGGAAAAGGAGGCUGAGAUAGUUAAACAUGUAGUGUGUAAUGGAGCUGUUAUCUUAAUUCAGGGCAUCUGACCAGAGCACAGACAGGACACCUAUAUCACUGGGCUAAGAAAGAAGAGAAUUGUGGGAGUGGGCAGAUGUAGUGGGAGACCUAGCUUGGGGGAUGGGGUGGGCCUCAACAUUUGUAGUGCCGUAAGAGACAAUGUUGUUGGUUAAAAGUGAGACUGGAUAGGGACCUGAUAAAUGUCAUGAUAGUUUAAAGCCUUUACUGGAGAAAUUUGAAGGGAACUGACCAAGAGCCUAUGAAAGUGGAACUCAGCUUAAGUUGGCAGUAAGGAAUGUAUGGUGGUACUGUUCUGAUUGGUAUGACUUUUCUCCAUAGAUUUAACUGUAGUAGAAUCUUCUGCAGCAAGUAGUGGGUUGAAUAAGAAAAUUGCUUACUUCACUCACAUUAAAAUCCAAAGGAGGAUGGUGACCCAGGUUAGUGGAGUUGCUCAUUUUCCAGAACCACUCAGCAUUGUAGGGCCUUUCCAUCUUCUUCUGCCAUUCUGCAGCCUGUACUGAUGGCUGCACAACCAACGCUGGAUUGCUGCCACAUCUGCAUCCAGCUCCUGAAAAGGGGAUAAAGGAUUUAUCAACUUCGUCUCUGCUCACCAGCCUAGAUCAGUUCUUCUUCCACAGACGUGUACCCCCUUUUGUGUCUUUACAUGUCCUCUUUCCUCUUCGUGUACUGUUACCUCAUACCCCACUUCCCAUCUAUCUGGGUAACUUCCCCCCAACUGUAAAACCCACCUUACAUGUCAUGUCUCCUAAGAGGCUGCUAUUCUUGACCCCCAGCCUCUUAAGUCUCUUUCUCUUGUAACCAGGUGGUUUCUUCCUCUGCUUAUUCCUGGUUUGUAACUUGAGCUUGCAUACGGCCAGUUUGACUCUUCUAAACCACCAUGUACAUCCUACAUAUCUGCUACCAACGGGCAAUUUCUUUACUCACUUUCAUAUCAAAUUUCCAAGACACACAGUCUCAUUGGCCCAGCUCGUCUCAUCUUUUCACUCUGGACCAUUGCUAACCUGUGUAUAGCAACCGUCAGCUGAUCAGUCAUGUGUAAGAGAACAGAAUGGGAUACUAACCCAAACCCAGCUGCUCCCCAGGCUGGGUUCAGCACCAAAGCUGCGAUCUGUAGUUACAGAGGUGGGAAGGAAUAUGACCCCAUCAUUGCUUUAUAUUCCUGUCAGGACUUGGAUAUGGGAGGAGUGUUUAGAGAGAUACAUGCUGGUUAUUUUGGUUCAUCACUCAGGAUUUGAUCAGCUGCUUGAGGAUGUAUUUGGUCAUUGGUCUCUUCAUUCAACUGAACGUUUGAGAAGCUCUGCCAGGCCCUGGAAAUAGAGAAGGGAGGGAGGCCAUCCUGUCGUGAGUCUGGUGGUGGGAGAAAAGCAGAAGAGGGAUUAGGACACAUAACCAGCCAGUCCCAUGUAAUAGAUAUGGGAGGAAGGCCUCUGAAGCUGUGGAUAUCCCCAGGAUUCAAACCCCAGAGAGCCUGCUUUGUUAAAGAGCCUAUGAAGCCCAAACACUUAGAGAAGUCAUCUCCAGAGAUAUAGGAUGAUCCCUGGAGGUGGCCAAUGACUCCCUACUCUAUGUGGGGAGCUGCUAGAGUCACUGCCAGCAGUGGGGUGGGAAUAUUGUUAGGGGGUUUGUGUGUGUUACUUGGAUAUGCAGUGCCAAUGGCCAUCACUUCUGUCCUUGAAUUAAAUUUUUUUAAUUGUUCCCAAUAGUGUGAUGAGAGUACGUCUGUGAAUCUCAGUAACCUCCUCCACCUGCAGCCCCUCUACACCCAGUGGCUCAGACCACCCCAGUCUCAGGGUAUGACUGCAGCUUUGCCCAUACCCUGGAGUUGAGCUUUAACUCCACAGAUUGUCACAGUGACUGCAGGUCAACCAACCUACCUUCGUCUCUUUCCCUCUUCUCCAUUUUAAUUAAAACUUCUGUUUGCAAAUCCAGUCCUUGUAUGUAACAGUCUCUUUCUUGGAAAACAAGUAAUCUAUUUCCCAGAGACAAAAAAACAGAAAUGCUUAUCUUUUGAAAAGCUAUCACAUUAGGUCAAGGGGAAUUUCUUGUCUCAGAGUGGUGAGAAGAGUCUGACCAGGCCUAGACUCCCAUGGGUGUACAAGACAGAAACUGAAAGAAGUUGGAGGGGUCAGGCCUGAGGCAGUCCUACCACGCUAGACCUCCCACUGUUGGCUCAGAGACUCUGGCCCCGAAUUUCUCAGGGAAGUCCCUGUAGAUACUAGCCAUGAGAAAUGGUCCUUCUCCAGCUCCCAUCAAGACAUCCAGGGGCCUGCCUACCCUUCACCUCAUCUCAGGAAGACAGUUAUCUACUCUCUUCCCUGAGGUUUUCCAGGCUCAAAGAAAGCACCAACUGGAAGUCAUUCUCUCCUAGUACACUCUUACUUGGAGCUUACUUAGAAUGUAGUGUUCAAGGCAAAGUGGCAAGAAAGACGAUUUAAGGGGUAAAUAGAUGAGUCCCUACCCUAGAUGACAAUAUUCAGAACCACUUUGUACAAGAGACCAAUUUUGGUUCCUUUCUCUUACCCCAUACUCAGCUCUCUCUUUCUAAAACAUAUCCCUGCAGCCACCCUCCCAUUUCUCUUCAUUCUGUCUUCAUCCUACUAGGUUUGUGUGUGUGUAACCUGGAAGAUGUAAGGCUAUUGUUAAUCUGAGGGACUAUCACUUCUGUCCUUGAAUGAGAUUUUCUAAUUGGCCCCAAUAAUAGAUGAUGAGAGUGCCUCUGUGAACCAUCAAUGAACCUCAGAGAAUUUUGGCCCGAUGCUCCAUGUCUCCAUCACUCCUACCUGGAUGAUGCCAACCCCUUCCUACCCAAACUGCUGCCCAGUCUCUCUCACUAGAAUCUAUUGUCACAGCUGCCUGAGCCAUCCCAGGACAGGGGUCCUCCUGCCUGAGGCCUGUUUUACUCAUUACAGUGCAAAAGUACAGCACAGCUUGGUUCUCCUGAACAACUGGAGACUGCACAAGCCUGGGUGGGAAUUCCAGAAGGAUCUGCGCAGAGUGUUACUUCCCUCCCCCUGGAAGCUGUGGGUGAGGGGAGGAAGACUCCGGAAACAAUCCAAGGCCAGGAUGCUUCCACUGCAUGAGGACUUUCUAGGCAGAGAAUGGUGGCAAGUAUUCCAGAAGAGAAGCUGCCAUUGGCUGGGUGAUCACCUCUGACCUUGUGAGCCCUGGAGCUCAGGGAAAUUGAGAGCUGGCCAUGGCAUAACCUCUGGCUCAUUUUCUAAGUGCCAGGCUAGGCCAGGGGCCCUUUCAGAAGCUCAGCUAUUUGUUUAUCCUCAAUUAACUUGCUGUGGUCUAUCCAGUUGGUAUCCUGUGGACUCAUUAUUCUCUUCUUCACUGACCCUGCCACCCCACCUUCUUUCCAUGCUAGUCCUCUUCCUUCUUUUCUGACCCCCUCUAGGCCAUUAACCCUUUUCUGUUAGCCAUUGCUAGUCUAGAUUCAGCCCUCUUUCUGAAGAGCUUUAUCUCAUUCUUCCUCUUGUCAACAUUACUAUGUCCUCCCAUAUUCGAUCCCCAAGUCCUGAUUCUGUUUAUGGUCCUCAUUCCCUAUGAUUUUUGCAUUUUUUGUGACUUCCUCCUCUGUCUCUAUGUUAACUUGAUAAUGACUUCACAUUCAGUGUCUUCCCCAGCUGGCUUCCAUCACAUUUCCUGGAAGAGCUGCACCUCAACUACCCUUGGUCCAUGGCUUUCUUGGUUGUCAGUGGCCCCUGACCUGGGACCAGUGUCAUCACUUCUGGGGGCUGCCCAGACUGCAGGUCCUAAAAUUCCCAGGGCUGCCAGAUACAGUAGCUUUUUUCUCAGACAUCCUCCUGGCCAUGCCAACACAUCACCCUGUUUGAAACUCUUUCUCCCCUCAACAUUUCUCUCCUGGGCCUUUUCUUUCUCUCAUCAUUUACACAGGCUUCCGUCUCUCUCCCAUUCUGCAGUGUGGGAGAUUCCUAAGGCCCCUGUCCUAGUCUUCUCUCUCCAUCUUGUCCCUCAGUGAUUCCUUAUGUUCUUAGAUAAUGAUGUGUGGCCAGCACCCUCACCAUGGUGUUUCUGUCCAGGCUCUUUUGAGCAUCUCUUUUUGAACAUCCUCACCUCGAUGUCAUAGAGUCAUCGCAACCCCAGUGAAACCAACAGAAAAUUCAACCUCUCCUUUUCUCGGUCCUCCACCAGCAUCUGCCCAGGACCUUCACUCCUGUUGUGGUUCUUCCUUAGUUAUUCAGGGUUAGAAUUUUGGGACUCUCCCAGAAGGCCUCUGUAGCCCCUUAUCUUCCUGAAAGUAUUCGUACGGUCAAGGGAGCCAGCCUCUCGUCUCCUCCCCCUGCUCCCAGACAUUUUCGGACAACCUCCUAUUUGGAUCUCAUGCCCCAUUUUUUCCCCAGUGCUACCCUGGCUACCAGUAACCUUCUCCUUUCUUUUUGAAAAUCACGCAGGCAUUUAUUUCAAACAUUCUGAAAAAUUUGUCAUGAGAAGUGUUUUCCUCUAACAAGUAUCUAUGAAUUGAAGCAUGUGAAUGUCAAGAUGUCUAUUUUUUGGUCUGUUACAUUGUAAGCUCCCUAAGCAAAGAUGGACUACCCCACCCUUUCCUCUACAACUUGUCUUAACACUAAUGGUUCAUUAAAUAGAAUGACUUCUUUAAGCAAAGUAUAAUUUACUGACCAUGUAAAUGUAUUCUUCCCACUGAAAAACAGAAAUGGAAUUUAAGAGUUCCUAGUGAAAGAAAAAAUAGAAACAAAUGUGUUCAAAAAGUUGAGAAAGCUGCGCCAGAAACAAGGUUGAUUUCUAAUACACAUUCUCAAAAGAAACAAAAACAGAGAUGGAGUGAAUCCCUAUUAUUGAUCUACAGGUUAAGAUGGUAAAGGGAGUUUUCUUUUCCCACAGCUGUGUCCCCACAGCAUUGCAUAGUGUCUGGCUCAUGUGUUCAUGUGUUUAUCCAGCCCAUGUUUACGCAUGUACAUGAUCCAGCCAGAGUCCCUGCAGUUAAUUUUCUAGUAAUGGUAACAAUUUCCGUCCAGUGACCCUGACCUUUGGGGCCCAGACCUGAGACCUCCGGGCGCCUACUGAGGUUGGACUACUGCCUGUGACCAUAAGCUUCGAAGGAAAUGAUCCAUGACCUAGACAUCACCAACUCCCUGCUCUAAUUCCCUGGCACAAACAUCACCUAGAAAGUCAUUCUGAAGCGUUGAUACUGUUGGCUGACCUACCAUGAGAGGGAGGCACCAGCAGUUGCCACAGUGACUUCAUGAGAAAUGACCUUCCCUCAUUCCUUCCUGUGCCAGUAAUCAUUGUUUAAAAAAUGUUUUUGCAGUGAAAUUAGAAAAUGCACAGUACUUCUGUUACAAAUAGACUUUCUCAUCUUAGUGCAGAAUACUAAGAUGCCUUGAAAUUGUUUUUGAAAAACUGAGGAAAAUACAUUGUUAUAACAACACGUAUACUUGCUGCAGUAAGCAUUUGAUUAACUUUUGUCUGAGAGGAAGUGCCAAGCUGUGGGCAUAUGACUACAACGAGUUUAUUCUUGGGUUAACUAAACCCUAACAAAAAGAGAAAAAAAUAUUUUUGAAGGCUAAUGUUGCCACCUCUUAUCCUAUCUCCCAUGUCUCUUAACCUCUGUGAUGUAUUCUGGGUGACUUUUUCUAACCUGCCCCACUUUUUUAUAGUCUGUGGCUCUUCUGUUCUUUAAUAUAUUUAGGUUUUAAAGUUCAGUGACUCUGCUUUUCAUUUCUAAAACUAUUUUUUCUAGCACAAUAUGUGUUAUCUUAUUUUACCUAAGUAGUUGCUUCUGUUUUUUUAUUGCAUCUUUUAUUUCUUUAAUUUAAUUGCAAACAUGUCUUUUCAAUACUCUGGAUCUGUUAUUUCCAUCUCUUGAAGUUCUUGUAAGUCCAAAGCUGCAUGUGUUUUUGCUGACUCUCAUUCAUGGUGGUUUCCUUUUUUUGUUGUGGUCUAUAUGAGACCACAUGAGAUCCAUGGGAUUUUGAUUUGAGAAAUCAUACUGUGGGACAGUAAGAUAUAAAGAAAAAAUAAUAUGGGGGAUUAUAAUUAUGUACAGAUGAUUUUAUAGUAUUCCUAGAAAGUGUAGGAAAUUCAACAGGCAGUUGAAACCGUAAGACUAUUGGAAUCAAUUUUCAAACAGCAAAACCAAAAAAAAAAAAAAAAAAAAAAAAAUAGAAAAGCAACCUGGUCAAGAAUAAAGAAUAGCUUCUAAAAUCAUUAGCCUUGCAAGUAAAACAAUAAGAACAAUCAGGUUACCUUUAAAAAAAAAAAGGAUCCUAAAAUGGUAGCUUUGAAAUAACUGCAGUCUAAAACAAGUCAACAAAUGUGCAUGAUUUACAUGAAAACUUAUCAAGUGAUACUAAAGGUGGUGGUUUUAUUAAGAAAUGUUCCUGAAUAAAUGGGGAGGUCAACUGUGUUCCUGGAUACAGUGACUCAAAAUCAUAAAUGUGUUGUUGUUUGAGAACUUUUUAAAUGAACUUCGUAUUUACAAUUCUAUAUAAGAAACUUGGAAGUUGCCACUCUAUCCUAACAACCAGUAAAAAACUGAACACACUGAAAAAUUAACAUUUAUUCUUGGAUUUAUUUUUUUAAUUUAAUUUAAUUUUAUAUAUUUUACAUCAUUUUUCAUUUUUGCACAAUGAUGCUUUUUCAUCUUGGUUAUAGUCCCCAUACAGUUCCCACCCCCCUUAUUUUGA